AUGAGCAACCAACCAUGGCUGGAUAGUCUGUCAGACGACUGGCCAUCUCCAGCUUCCCCCAGCAGUCCAAUACCUAUUCUACCAGAGUCGCCUAAAACCAGUCAGCAGGGGACCCCUAGUCGCAUUCCUGUGCCUGCCCGCCGUUCCUUAGAACAACAAUCCCCGGGAAGCAACAAAAAGGAUAAAGUGACCCGACCAUGUCAUUUCCAUAGAAGAGAACCUCCGACUCCAAAGACGCCUCGAACACCCAAAACGCGCAAACCACGAUCGCCUGCCCCGGGUAGUUUGAAACCCAGUACUCCCAAGACCAACCCAAAGACCUACACCAAAAGUCCAAAGGUCAGCCCCAAGCCCACCCCGGGUGCGGCUCGCAGGCAGCCCUCAAUGGAUACGCGCUCCCCUCUACGAUCGGUGUCAAACGUCUCCAAAGCCUCCACACAAUCCGAAUUCGACGGUACAGUUCAGAUCAAAUCGAAGAAGGGCAAGGACACAAAAGAGGGUACACCAGAAUGGCGCAGGCGACUAGUGCGCGGGGAAAUCGCCGCUGGCGAACCACGGGACCUGUUCGCACCGAUGGGACUUGAAAGCGUAUUUAAACCGCCUACACCUGGUGCUGCAACGGCGCAAGUAGGCUCUACCCCGUUUACGAAGCAGGACGACCAUCUGUGGGAUUUCGCCGACACACCUUCGCGACAGGAUGGAGACGAGAACAACAAUCACGACGAUGACGCACGCGUCGUGAAUGAGGAGGAAAGGGAUACUAGCGACCGAUCGCCGGAAGGAACCGUCAAUCGCCCUCAUUGGGAGAAUAACGGGCGCCUGGAUGUGGUCUGGGACCAGGAAGGGUUCUCACAAGCGGGGAAUACCCAGCUACGGACAGCUAGUGGGCUGGAGGAUCUGCGCAACGAGGGGAUCACACCCAUAACCUUCUCCCGCAACAACACGGUUGAUGGAAAUGGGACUUCAGAAGUCAUUAAAUCUGCGCUGAAGCAGGUCACCAACAAGCUGGAAAGCCUGUCUAUCAAAGAUGAUAGUCGCCCGGACUCCCCCGCAAGCGAUAGCUUCCUCUUCUACAACAAUAGUGAACCCCACGCGGAUGGGUCUCCACGAGAUGACAGCUUACUGGACGUGACAAGUCAUUCUCUACCCCAGGAUCUGUCUAUGGGGACGGUGGACUUCAACAGUCGGCGAGGAAACCGCUCCUUCCCUCGGCGAUUCUCCCCUUCACCCUUUCCCUCGCACCGUUUGUCCCCCACAACUCUCGCCAACUCUAAAAUCCGAAGUUCCCCCUUGUUCAACCCCCCUAACAAGACCGCGUCACCUGGUCUACCGCGUCCUUCCUCGUCUCAUGUUCGGCCAUCCACGGCUGGAGCAGAGAAUGAGGCCAAGAUGCCGUCAUCGGGAAGUCCAUUGAAGCUAUUCGGUGACCAUGAUACCUUCACUAAUAACAGACUUCUCCGGCGCAUGAGCCAGUUUGAAGACAAUUUCAGCGACACUUCAGAAGGAGAGGAGCCCCCCUCGCCCUCAGAAGAAGCACGAAGAAAAGGCGAAAACCGCAGCUUUUUAAAUGCGAGACAUGAACCAUUGCAGGAGAUCUCCCCUAGACGAAACGAACGUCUUGGAUCCCGUAAUGCUGUACAUCGGAUCAGCCAAUUCGGGGGUGGCGAGUUGGACAAAUUUGAUUUCUCAGAUACCAGCCCUUACGAGCCCAAAUUGGUGUAUGAUGAGGCCGGAGGAUUUGGGUCACGCCCGUCUUCACGUAAGCGAUCGUCAACUCGGCAACAAUUGCUCCGUGGCCCCUCACAGCAUGGGUUAUAUCAUUACAGUAGAUCUGCGAGCUCGGGAUUCACCAGGAAACCAUCUGCUUGGAUGCGCCAGGAUUUCUUUGAUGAUGUGCGGCACGGGACUCGUGCGAACAACAAGGAAAAUAUGGCCCCUGAUGUGAAGCGAGUCCCCCGGGCCCCCGGCAUGGACCCCACUCCCAAACGGCGCCGAACAAUCAUGAGAAACAACAGCGCCGAUCACUAUCACAGUGCCAAGGGCGGCUCGCCUCAGAAGUAUGGCGACAGCAUGUCGCUGUUACAACGAAGCCUUAUGCAACAUGGUGUGCAGCUCGAAAAUAGCGACUAUCUUGCUCCGCCAGGCCUUUCUCAAUCGAGGCAGCGACCUCGAACACCUACACCAAGCCAAAUACGAACAGACGGGGAAAGCCAUGUUGCACCACACAGAAAUUUUUCCGAAUCCAACUUCGAAAAUAACGAUUAUUCGGAUUCUUUUUCCCUUGAUGGUGACGUUCCACUAGUGAAGAUCACUGGGACCAGCGAUACAUCACGAAAAGGAUCUAUCACGACUCAGGAUUAUUUAAAUGAGGCCACCAAGAUCAUGGAUCUAAUCAGAUCCAAAGGACGAGGUGCGGCUGGAUUGACAAGCGUACAUGAGUCUGAUGUGGAAAGUGAAGGGGACGAGUUCAGCGAUGACGAUGAAUCCACCCGGGAAGCCUUUUCUCGGCCCCCGAGCCGUGACGGAACGGAUCUUCGCCAAUUGAGAGAGGUGAAGGAGUUGAACCCACUGAUCUUGAGUCACCUGAAAAAAUACCAGGAGCAAGAUGAUCCGAAUGACCGGGAAAUGUCCCUGCAUGCUCGGCAUAGCCAUGACGAGGGCAAAACCGAGCUCGGUGAAUCCAGCUCACAGAAUAUCCGAAUUCAUGGGCCGAGGAAACGAAAGACUAGUGGCAUGACUGAUGACACGGCGGAAAACAUUGCCCAGGAUCUGAUGACUAUCAACACACAAAUGUCUGGCUUUAGCGUCGCCUCUGCGCCCACCGGCUCUUCGCAAAGCUCCCAAGUCAAGGGUAUGCUGGCUUCUGACCUUGUAGCCCACCUAAUCCCAAAUGAGGUCAAUGGCUUCAAGUAUGACCGCUCGAAGAAUCAAUGGGUGAAAGAUGACGUGGAAGAACCACAGGCACCAAUAUCUGAACCAGUGGAGGAGACCGAUGACCCAUUCAGAGAUAUUCCGGAUCUGAGUGUAGACGAGCUCCAGGAGAUGAUGAGAGUCCAUGGCCUCAGUUCUCCUACAAAGAGCGACGCUCCCGCUGAUCGAGAGCAGAUUAAGGCCCGCAGCCCUUUGGCUGCGAACACAUCCCCGAAGAAACCUGAUGUUCGGCCACACACGAGGGACGGAGAACCAUCUCUCGGUGCAAGCUCUGUCCAAUCAAGAUUCACUCGCUUUACGUCUAGUGUUCCUAACACUGGGACAAGAGCUACAUCAUGGGCGAGAGGAACCGUUGUCUUCGAAGACCCCCGAUCCCUUGGAAAACAAGCACGCGUCGCGACACUGAAUCUCUCAUCACCUCUUGUUUCACGCCCCUCUUCUCGCGGCGAGCCCGAUGACGCCCAACCUGACCCGAACGUGAACCAUACCUACCAUGGGAUUGUGACAGACGAAGGUGCAGCCCCAGUAGACCUCGAAAAUAAUGGCUCGAUACGGUCAUCCGUUCCUCCCACGGGGCGCCAAACUUCAGUCGGCGGACAGCCGUUCAUUCGACGUCCUAUCUCGAGGAUUGAGGAAAGGAAUGAGGACACUGUUAACGACCAAAGCCUGGUCCGCAGGAAUGAUUCCCUGCAUGUCCAAGAAACGCCCGCCAGAACCGAGGCAGAGCAUUCUUUGAUACCUCUCCAGAGCGCCGGGCCCGACACGAGCUAUAGCUUCCACCUCAGUCCACUUCCGGACUUCACCGUCAACCAAGGCGACAAACCCCUGAAGCUUGAAAUGAGCUAUGUGGCCCAACGUACAAACCCCUCCUCCUUGCGACAAGUGCACGGGACAUUCGCACUUGCAACUGAAGAUUUGAUCAAACAUAUUACAGACGUGGAACCAUAUGAGCCUUAUUGGGAACACGUGCGCCGCCUUGUCUUGCGCCAGAAGGGAUUAAUUACUCUGCACAAGCUAAACGAAUUCUGCCCCCGACUAGAGGAGUUGGAUGUUUCUGAUAACGACAUUGGCCAAUUGAGUGGCAUCCCCUCAACCCUGAGAACCCUCAAGAUCCCUAGAAAUUGUCUCUCUAACCUGACUCCCUGGAGUCACAUGGUCAAUUUGCAGUAUUUGGACGUUUCAGGUAACGAUAUCGAGACGUUGGAUGGCUUCGCGAACCUGAUUCAUCUCAGGGAAUUGAAGGCAAAUGACAAUCAGAUCCGCAAUAUCGACGGGAUUCUUGAUCUGAAUGGCCUGCUAAGCCUGAAGCUGAGCAACAACUCCAUUACCGCAGUGGAUUUUGAAGGAUCCGAGUUGACACGCCUUCGUGAUCUUGAUUUGAGCCACAACUGUCUCACAUCAGUUCGGAAUGUCGAAUGGCUUCCGUCACUUGCCACUCUCGAUCUUAGCGCCAACCAGAUUAGCCGUUUUGACUCCUCUGCAUCCCUUAUCAGUCUUCGCGCCCUGAAACUCUCUGAAAAUAAAUUGGAGACUUUGGAUGCACGAGCUUUCCCUUCUGUCAGCCUUCUCUACCUCGAUCAAAACCACCUUUCUACCGUCAUUGGCCUUGAGAAUUGUCACAAUCUCGAGGUACUGUCUCUCCGAGAGCAGGCACCGUCAAACGAAAAUGACCUUGAACACAGCCUGGAUAUUGAUUUGGGUGUUGUAAAGGAUGUUCGUAAAGUCUUUUUGUCCUCGAACAAGCUUUCCCACCAAAGCGUCUGCCCUUCUGCUCCGCUACUACGGAUUCAACUUCUUGAUCUAGCUGCGUGCACAUUGAAGAGUCUCCCAAGUGACUUUGCUUUGAGCUUCCCGAAUGUCAAGGUCCUGAACUUGAAUUUCAACUCGGUUGACGAUGUUGAGCCACUGGUUGGAAUGAAUUGUCUUGCUAGACUGAUGAUCGUUGGUAACCGUCUCUCAAGGAUGAGAAGGGUGUGUCAAAUCCUCAGUCGACUAGGAAAAACCGGAAAAGGAACUGCAUGUUCCUUACGCAAGCUUGAUCUCCGUGGGAACCCAUUGACUAUUGGGUUUUACCCUCCGACAGUGACUGGGAGUGGUAAUCCCGACCGCAAGAAACUGAAGUCCCAAGAACAAGCAGUCGUCCGACACCAAGGAACCCAUCGGGAUCUUUCUGAUGCUCUAACGGAACUCGGAAACGACGACCAGAUCUCUCAUCGCGCCACCAUGGGAGACGAGCCGAAGACAGAAAGAGAUGUCGAAGUCGACGACCCAUACACACUCCCGCUCGCCGACCCGCACGCGGAUGUGAAAUACCUAAGGCAUCUCGAUCAAGCCACGCGCCUGCGCCGAAGGGUACUAGAGCUUUUGCUCUACGCUGGUACAAAUGGCUCCCUCCACACCCUCGACGGACUAGCCCUUCGGCCCGCAUUGGGCGAUGAGUGCUCUGAUAUGAACAAAGCGUGGGACAAACUGGAGCAACUUGGUGUAUUGCGGAGGAAGGCGAUCAAAAAUUAG